AGUUGAUGUUCAUCCUUCACCUCGCCAUACCGUUUCAGGUAAACGUAGAAUAGCUCUGCAGGUGAAUCGGAUCAGUUUUCACGUAACAUCUCAAGUUUUCUUGACCUUUUCCUAAACCACCACCCUUCAGUCUAUGUGAAAAUUAUUGUUCGAACAUUCUAUAAGAUUUAAACAAUGUUUUCAAAGCAUUAAUGAUAUUCUAAAACAAAUAAUAUAUUUAGCGACUUGAUCUAGCUCUUGCAGUUGUGGUCAUAUUGCAGUUAUUUAAGGUUGCCAUUGACAAAGCUUAGUGAAAAGUGACUUCUCAAUUAAUUAGGAAAUGCAUAGAAUGUCGCGACAGACAAACCCAAAGAAAAAAGUGAUUUUGACAAUGAAAUUUGUGUGAUUGUCGUGAAAAAAUUGGUAUUUAUACCAUGACGCAUGUGUGAGAAAAGACGUGGGAAGGAAAACAGAUUCUGUGACGAGAAGAGACGGGAAAAGCCUCUGUGUUAUGCUAUCGAGACAAAUAUUCUUUUUUCUUCUCACAACGCUCUAUCCACUCACACUUUCAUCAGACGGAGAGAUUUCCCCAAUAGCCAGCCACAGCUUUCAACCUAGUCCCAAUCAGCAUGGACUCGAACCAGUGGAGACUUUCACUGUUGACGAAGUACGAAAAGUCCGCAGUGCAUUCCAUUAUAUGCAAAACACCAGCGAGAAAUUCAUUAUCCAGAGCAAGGAGCAUCCUGCUAGGAACAAUACAAGAUCAGCGUGGAGACCCAAGUUUGCUACUCCACGUGAACCUUCUGCUUUUGCUCAAGAUUCCCUGAAAUUCACCUGUACGGAGAAAUAUUCACCUGAAUGUCGCAACAAGACGAGGCUCUUUAGAGGAAAGAUUGUCGAUAUUUUGGAAAAGUCUGCAAAAGAGAAUCCUGAAGAGGGUCCAAAUAUCUACAAUGUGUCCUACAAAUCUCGUAGGACCCUGAAGUCACCCCUCUGUGGCAUUCUGAAGGCUGGUCUGAGGACACUCAGGCGGAAGGAUUUUAUGAAACAACCAGGGCGAUUCACGUUGUUUGAUUUAGUGCCAAAGAGAAAACUCUUUGACAAGCAGAGCAUCAAGAGUUGCGCUGUCGUCUCUAGUGCUGGAUCCUUGGCUAAUUCCAAAUUGGGCAGGUUUAUCGAUCUUCAUGAUUUGGUGAUGCGCUUUAAUCAUGCACCAACUGAAGGAUUCGAAGUCGAUGUUGGCACCAAGACAACAAUUAGACUCAUAAAUUCUCAGGUGGUGAGUAAGGCAGAAUUCCAGUUUCUCACAUCGUCAAUCUUUAGGAACAUCACAAUUGCCGCGUGGGAUCCAUGCCGAUACAAUUCGUCGCUGGAGGAGUGGCUUGAGGCGCCGGAUUUUGAUCUAUUCACCAACUUUCAGCUCUAUUCCAUGGACAAUGGCUCUCGCGGGAAUUUCUACAUCAUCGAUCCGAGAUCCAUUUGGCGCCUGUGGGAGAGUCUUCAGGAUUACUCCCACACGCCAAUCCGACGCAAUCCGCCUUCGUCUGGCUUCCUGGGUAUCUCCUUGCUAAUCCCAAUCUGCUCCUACAUCGAUGUUAUUGAGUACAUCCCAUCCGUGAGACUCAAUGGACGAUGCCACUACUACGAUACCGAAAUGAAUCCUGCCUGUUCCUUCGGUGAGUGGCACCCCCUGGCAGCUGAGAAGCUCAUGGCUCUGGACAUGAACUCAGCAGAUGAUUUUGCAAUAUUCCAAUCCGGCAUUCUACGGAUUCGUUCUUCCCAGCGCACAACCUGCAAGUAAAAUUUUCCACGAAAUUAACUGUGACUUUUUCGCAUUUCCCAAUAAAUCGCAUUUGCAAUU